CCAGCCGCCAGCCCGGCUCCCGCCGCGCUCACCUGUGCUGCGGAUCGCGGGGAUACCGGGGCAGGUGGCCGAGCCGCGGACGGUGGGCGCAGCCCCCGGCGCCCCCGGCAGGCGCCAUGGACUGGAAGACACUGCAGACACUACUGAGCGGCGUGAACAAGUACUCGACGGCAUUCGGCCGCAUCUGGCUAUCCGUGGUGUUCGUGUUCCGGGUGCUGGUGUACGUUGUGGCAGCCGAACGCGUGUGGGGGGACGAGCAGAAGGACUUUGACUGCAACACCAAGCAGCCGGGCUGCACCAAUGUGUGCUAUGACAACUUCUUCCCCAUCUCCAACAUUCGCCUGUGGGCUCUGCAGCUCAUCUUCGUCACUUGCCCGUCGCUGCUCGUCAUCCUGCAUGUGGCCUACCGAGAGGAGCGCGAACGGAAGCACCGGCAGAAACACGGUGACCAGUGCACCAAGCUGUACAGUAACACGGGCAAGAAGCACGGGGGCCUGUGGUGGACUUACCUGCUCAGCCUGGUGUUCAAGCUCAUCAUCGAGUUCCUCUUCCUCUACGUGCUGCACAUGCUCUGGCAUGGCUUCACCAUGCCCCGUCUGGUGCAGUGUGCCAACGUGGCCCCCUGCCCCAACACUGUGGACUGCUACAUCGCCCGGCCUACUGAGAAGAAAGUCUUCACUUACUUCAUGGUGGGUGCCUCUGCCGUCUGCAUUGUGCUCACCGUCUGCGAGAUCUGCUACCUCAUCUUCCACCGCAUCCUGCGAGGCCUGCGCCAGGGCAAGCCCAGGAACCGCAGCCUUCCAUCCUCCACCAGCCGGGCCUCCACCUGCCGCUGCCACCACAAGCUGGUGGGGACUGGGGAGCUUGAGCCCGGAGAUGACAAACUUCAGGCUUCAGCACCCAAUCUGACCCCCAUCUAACCACAGGCAAGGCUGGAAGAAAGGUGG